AUGUCUGAUUCAUUUAUUGACUUUUUAGAUCUUUGCACACCUCAAAAUCAGACAAAAGAACACAGGCCAACAUCUUCCAGCAAUGUUGUAGGUUCAGAAAUUGAGAAAGGCAUCUUGCCUAAAAGAAGUUCAUCAUCAUCAGCUCUGUUAAAUCUCAGAAAUGAAAGUGAGCAAACUGAAAGGAGUGGACCUACUUUGUGUCCUAGCAAUGGCUCGGAGAAUAAAAACAAAGACAGAUCAGGUUCAGGUAAUGGAUCAAGAACAAGUGAUGAUGAAACAGAGGAAGAGGCAUAUUACUGGAACACAGAAAUCCUGCCUAUUCUGAAUAUAAUAGAAAAAGCAGACAAUGAUACCGAUGUGGAUUGUCUCUGUAAAGCUUGCAUCAGGCUCUAUAAGUCACUAGAAAAUGGGAACAUGCUUGGAAGGAACUGCAAACAGAGGGCAAUUCUUUUGAAAAUCCUGUAUAAACUGGUAGAUGUUGGUUCAGACCAACUCAGUUUGCUUCUGGUCAAGCUAAUUUUAGCACUCAGAGUAACUGGAAAGAACCUUCUAGAUGUCUGCAAGCUCAUCUUUAAAAUUAGCAGGUGUGAGAACAAUGACGUCCUUUUUCAAACUGAGAACAUAUUAGAUUCGUUGCUGGAUGUUCUUAAAUUUGAAGAUAUGUUGUCAAACAGCGAGGCACUUUUAUACUGCUUGGGUGCAAUCAAGUUUCUUUCGGGGAAUGCAAAUCUUAUCAAGUACAUGCUUAAUGAGAACUUAUUAGAAACACUGGUGCAGCUAAUGAAGCACAUCAGUAAUACUGAUAAAGAAAGUGACAGUCUCCUUCCCAUUUCUGGGAAUUUGUUAGUCCAGCUCACUGCUAUUUUAAGAAAUAUAGCUGAUUUGUCACAAUCAAGACCAAGAUUCUUACUCAGUGGUGCUCUUUCUGAACUGUGUGUAAUACUGGAACAAUACAUUGCUGAUAAAGAUGUUUGCACUAAUGUUGCCAGGAUAUUAAGCAAACUCUCAUCCUACAAUGAUUGCUGUACAGCGUUGGCUGACUGUCCUAGAUGUUUCAGCAUAUUCUUGGCAGUACUGAAUAAGCACCAAAAGAAGCAGGACUUGGUUGUACGGAUAGUAUUCACUUUGGGUAAUCUGACAGCGAAGAACAAUCAUGCCCGGGAGCAGUUUUAUAUGGAGGAUGGAGCCAUUAGCACUCUGUUAUCUUUGUUCCAAAUUUACUAUGAGCUGGACUGCUGUAUGAAAAGUGCUUCAGGAAGAAGUGAAAGUGCUGAAGAGGUUAAUAGCAGGCAUCCAAAACACCCAACUGAUGUAGAGGAUGUUUUUAUCAAAUUAAUAAGGGUGCUUGCAAAUAUAUCAAUUCAUCCUAGCUUAGGCACUGUACUUUCCACUAACCAGAACUGUGUGGAUUUGCUCAUAAAAGUAUUAGAGUACAAGCAAAUUGAUGAAUGUGAGGAGUUGGUGAUUAAUGCUGCAGCUGCCAUCAACAAUCUGUCCUACUAUCAAACAAAACAUUCAGCAGUCAGAAGCAGGCAACUACGGAUCUCUGAAUUGCUUCUGAGGUUACUGCUGAGCAAUAAUAUGGAAGGAAUCCUAGAAGCUGCACGAGUUUUUGGCAAUCUAUCCCAGACGAAAGAGAUACGAGAUUUCGUUGUAGCAAAAAAUGUAUACAAAUUCAUGAUUGCACUACUCGAUUCAAAAAAUCCUGAUGUCUGCUUCUCUGCCUGUGGAGUUCUCAUAAAUUUGACAGUAGACAACAAUAAGCGAACUAUCCUGAGGGAAGAAGGAGGAAUUAAGAAAUUAAUUGACUGCUUACAAGACUUUGGGCCCUCAGACUGGCAGCUUGCUAGCCUGGUCUGCAAAACUCUGUGGAACUACAUUGAGAAGAUUACAAGUGCUGCCUUGUGUUUUGGAAACAAAGAGACUGAAAAGCUAAUUGAACUUCUCACAACAUACUUAGAAGAAGAACUAGCAUUGGAUAACAGUUUGGACAAAGAUUUACGAGCAUACCACAAAGUCUGUUGGGAAUCAGAGUUUAUCCCAGUAGCCAGCCAACUUCUGACUAGAGUUCAGAGUCAUGAUACAUUGUUGGAGCCCCUGUCUGUUCCUAGUCAGUAAG